AGCCCUUUCAAUAGGCCUUCUCUGAAACCCUCUCUCCGAUGACUUCCGCCGUUCUCUCCUUCCUCCUCCGCCGGCACCGCCGCCAUGGCUUCUCUUCUCCAGGGAUUCUCACCCGCUACCUAUCCACCGCAUCUCCCCAAUCCCAAGAGCCAGACUCCAAGCCCCAUCCUGCCACCUCCUCCCUCUCCGCCCGCCUCUCCUUUGUCUUCGAUCAUCUGGACUCCCUUGACCGCGAACGCGAAGCCAAGGACCAGGCCCUCCAACGCCUCCGCUCCUGGAACCAGUCUCACCCUCCCCAACCUUCGGUUUCGACCUCGGAUCCUCCGUUGGAGGACAAGGAGAAGGAGGAGAGCGUGGCGGAUGUGUUUAAGAGAGACGUCGAGCUUGUCCACCCGUGGCCGGAGUGGAUUGAGCUCAUGGAGAGACUUGCUGGGCAGAAGUACUUCGAGCUCGGGAUGAAGCCCAAGGAUGAGGAGCAGUUCGCCAAGGAUGUGGGUAUUGAUCUCUCGGGUAUAAGGGAUGACACCGGGUAUGAUUUCUCGAGGGAUUGGAUCACUGUGCGCAAUGCUUGCAUGAACUUUGGCCGCGACCGGUUUGACAUCUUGAGGUCACUGGCGAGGAAGGAUAUUCAGACUCUGGUUGGCCAUGGAUGUCCUAGUAUGGACCCGAAAGUAGUUUUCUCGGCGAAGCUGCUGAGGAAGUAUACCCAUAUUGAUGAGGGUGAUGUUUGCAGUUCUUGCAGUUUAAGAAACACAUGUGGCAGAGGAUACAUACUUACACGUAAAGAAGAUGAGGCACGGACUCUUGAUGUCAUACGCAUCUUGUUAACAUAUGGUUUCGAUCAUGUAAAGGGAACUGUUGAAAAUAAGCCUCUUAUGAAAAUGAAAUCUGUGAAAACUGUAGUGCGUAAAUUACUGCAUGAGGUUGUUAAGUUGAGCGCAGUUCCAAUUGAUCCCAAUCUUCCACCACCUGUAAUAAAAAAGCCUCCUCCAAAAGUAAAGCAACCACCUCCCCCUCCAAAGAAGCGGGUGGGCCGUGAUGAUGUUGAAAUGAAGAAAGGAGACUGGCUAUGUCCCAAGUGUGAUUUUAUGAAUUUUGCAAAGAACACGGUUUGCUUGCAGUGUGAUGCCAAACGCCCAAAAAGGCAACUUCUCCCAGGGGAAUGGGAGUGCCCCAAGUGCAACUUCCUGAACUAUAGAAGAAAUAUGGCUUGCUUUCAUUGUGAACACAAGCGCCCCCCAGAUGAAUACACAGAGAACCAAAAUCAAUCAAUGGAAUCUGGUCCAAGGACAAGAUUGGAUCGGGCUACCAGAAUGUCGGAUGUGUCAAAUGCAUGGAAUUUUGAUUUUGAUGACAAUGAAUCAGAUGGUGCAGAUGUUGCAGCAUUUGAGUUUGGAGAUUCUUCAAAAUCACGUGAAGAUUCGUCUCUAGAUGGCAGGCAGCAGGGAGGAAGUGCCAGGGGAUUCGACGGUGAUAUUCGUGAACCAAGCAGGACGGCCAGAUCCCAUGAUGGGCGAAACACCGAAAGUCCUUCAAGAAUGGGGUUUGAUGAUUUUGAUGAUGAAGAAGAUGAUGUGGAUAACUAUGAGCUAGAUGCAUCAAGUAACAAUUCAAUGGGUGAAGUUUCACGCAGGAACUUCUCUGAAUUUGAGAAGACCUCUGAUUCAGAAGACCUAAGUGAUUUGGAUAAUUAUUCCAGCAGGUCCAGUAGAAUGAAGAAAAACUACAAGUCUGCAUCUGAUGAUGUAGGUGAUUAUGUUGAAUCAGAAGAUGACCUGAGAAAUCAUCCUCAGUGGAGAUCCAGCCACGUUGCAGAUUCUAGACAGAAGGCUGGAAGCAGACGUGGAAAUCAUCCAAGCAAAGAUUUGUCUUUUGGUUCAGAUGAUGAUCUCAUGUCAGAUAUUGAUGAUGAUAUAGAUGAUGAUUUUCAAUCAAAACAGAGAAAUGGCCGCCACGGAGAUAUUGUGGGUAGGAAGGCUACUGGAAGACGAAAUAAUUCAGAUUCUGAAGAAGAGCUGCUUCUUGAUUCAGAAUCUGAGGACGAUGACAACCCAAGGAUGAGAGGAAAUAGAGGUUUCUCAGAUAGAAGAGGUUCUUCGAGAAGUAGAGAAUUUCAAUCAAACGAUAGAAUGCAUGGUAAGAGAAAUUCUUUUGGCUAUGGUAAGCGUGAUACUUUUUCUAGAGGUUCAGGUAGAGAACAGUGGAAUGAGGAUAGCCGAUUCCAUGAAGACAAAGAAGGUUUCAGGCCAAGAGAUUCACGAAGGAAUGGAAGAGGCCCACCAAGAAAUAGCUACGGUGGUCGGAGGGCUGAGGAUGGCCAAUUCCACAAAGACAAGGAAGGUUUCAGGCCAAGAGAUUCAGGAAGGAAUGGAAGAGGCACACCAAGAAAUAGCUACGGUGGUCGGAGGGCUGAGGAUGGCCAAUUCCACAAAGACAAGGAAGGUUUCAGGCCAAGAGAUUCAGGAAGGAAUGGAAGAGGUGCACCAAGAAAUGGCUACGGUGGUCGGAGGGUUGAGGAUGGCCAAUUCCAUGAAGACAAGGAAGGUUUCAGGCCAAGAGAUUCAGGAAGGAAUGGAAGAGGCGCACCAAGAAAUGGCUACGGUGGUCGGAGGGUUGAUGAGGGAUUCCAGCGCUUCGAUCGCCAUGCCAAUGGAAGAGGAUUUGGUAAUCGACAACAUGGAAGAAGGAAUCAAUUUACAGAUUAUUCCGGUGAUUAUGAUGAAAAUAGGGCGCACAGGCGAGUAAUUGAAAGAUAACAUAGCAUGUCUUCGGCAGGUUAUGCUCUGAAUGUUACUAACUUCUGGAUGUCCCGGGCAUAACAAGGAACACAAAUUCAGAUCAGCAAAACAGACCAUAUUUCUUCUGAUGCGAUAAGAUGUUGUAUCAAAAUAUUUCUUUUGUGAUUGAUUUUUUUGCUUUUACGCAUUUUGAUUAUGCAAGAAAAAUGUGCGGCGCUACUUGUAAUAUAAAGUUUGAGAAUCAAUCAGUUGUCUUCUCUCUGUUUAAAUGAUAGUUUUGAGCUGACA